CACUGCUUCCAACUGUCCAACAUGUUCACCUCAACAGUGAGGAGGUUCCUGGUUGGGAGAUGGACAUCCAGCAUGAUGUCAUAGAGGAGUGUAACAAACAUGGAGGAAUCGUUCACAUCUACGUCGACAAGAACUCUGCUGAGGGAAAUGUCUACGUCAAGUGUCCGUCGAUCCCCGCUGCCAUGGCUGCCGUCAACGCUCUACACGGAAGAUACUUUGCCGGUAAGAUGAUCACGGCGGCGUAUGUCCCACUGCCCACCUACCACAACCUGUUUCCAGAGUCCGCCACCGCCACACAGCUGCUGGCCCCGCCCCCUAGGCGGUGACUCAUGACACAGCUCCGCCCCCUGAUCGGACUCUUUUAUAGUCUCGUCUCCAAUUGAUCGACACAGAAGAGUUCAUUUCCGUCCAAGAACGCUGGCGAAGGAUGACGUUUGUGUUCCUUCCUGUUUACUUCCUGUUUGGUCUCAUAUAUUCUUCGUCAAAUGAUUGAGCUCUGUGAGCUGUGAUGGUGUCAGCUGAUUGGUUGCUUUGAAGAUAUUCAACUGUUUUCUAAAAAUAAUUUUAUUUUGUUAAUUGUUGAUUAAAUUUUAUUUUGAAGUCUC